AUGAAAUGCCCUAGGAUGAACUCUGCCUUGCCGUAUAAGGUCAGGCACAUUUCGAAAGAUCUGAUAGUCGUAGAUGACACCGAAAUUAGUGUUAGGAUUGUCAAGAAUGAUGAUUCUGUUAGUUGGCACCCCAGCCAGACUUGCCGCCAGCACCGCUACUCCGAGAAGGGUCGAGUGUACGAAAAUCUUCAGAAAUGUAACGAUUGGCAAAUUAACGUACGAGACAACGCCGCCUAG